UCUAAAUCUUAGUGAAAAAGCACGGAACGCAACGAGCGAGAAGGGGGACGAAGGUCUUGCGCACAUCAGGAUUAUGUUGCUUAAGGAUCAGCCAUCAUUUAAGGAAGUGGCCAAGGUGUUUAUAGUAGGCUUGGCAUUGCGUUCCUAUGUGGCAAACGGCGAUGGAGAACAGCGCAGAACAUGCUUUGGCCACGAACUCUCCCGUCGCAUCUGCAUGGCUGCCAACCGUCAUAGGGCCAAUAAUCGACAUCGUUUACUUAAGUUCAUGUCUCCGGAACGCCUUAAAGAGUAUGAAUUAAAGAACAAGAGCCGGGCGAUCCAACAACAGCGCGAGCUCAACCACAAGACUCGGGAGUUUGCUGCCAAUACAAAUCUGAAUACCAAGUUAUAAAUGAGACACUCAACAUUAGGUUUAA